AUGUGCUACGUGGGAAAGGCCACCAAGAUCUUCCUCGGGGUGGUGGCGGCGUUGACAGCGGUGGGCCUCAUCCUGGGCCUCGGCGUCUUCCGCCACGGCCACGAGAGGGUCCCCGCCAAAUGCGACGGCGGCGGCAGCGGCGGCGGCGGUGGCGGCGACGGCUGUGGCGAGCCGCGGCCCAUAUAUUCCGACCCUCUGCCGGCCACCGGCGCCGGCUCCGGCGCCGUCGCUUCUCCCCCUCCCGCCGCCGUCUCCUCCACCCUUCCUCCGUCUGUCGUCAGCCCCCCCGCGCCGCCCGUCCCCGCCAACCCGCCGCCACCAGAAGCGAACCCUCCGCCGCAGCCCGCCGCCCCAGACAGCCCUCCCCCCCCGCCCGCCGCCCCCGACAACACUGCGCCGCCGCCUGCCGCCUCCGACAACCCUUCACCGCCGGCCGCCGCCCCUCCAGCGCCUGCCACGCCAGGAUCCUCGGCCGCCUCGCCGCCGGAUCCCACUGCCUCCGGCCUCCCCGCCGCCGCGGCCCUCGGGCCAGGCCCCUUCCUGCAACACAGGGAGCGGAAGAGCUUGUAG